CGUGACAUCUACGGGACUGAAGAGUUGCGGAUUCGGGAGCGUAGGGAAGCCAGUUCCAAUGGUACAGCUGAAAGUGAUCGAUUCAAGAACCGGAACGAAGCUCGGCGCCGGAGAAAAAGGCGAAAUAUGCGUCAAAGCGCCGUUCACUUUCAUGGGCUACGUGAACAAGCCACAGGAGACGGCCGCUACGUACGACGACGAGGGCUUCGUUCUAACAGGAGACGUGGGUUUCUACGACGGCGAGGGCAACGUGUACGUGACGGGCCGGCUGAAAGAGCUCAUCAAGUGCAUGGAGCUGCAGAUUGAGCCAGCCGAGAUCGAGCGGCUGCUGCUGCGGGACCCUGCCGUGCGGGAGGCGCUCGUGGUCGGCGUGCCGCACGAACGGUUCGGCGAAGCAGCGCGCGCCUUCGUCGUUCUACGCGACGGCAGUGCGGCCGCCGCCGGAGACGCCGAGGGCAGACUGCGACGAGCGGUGGCUGAGGUGCUACCGAGCCACGAACACUUGCACGGAGGAAUCGAGUUUGUGGACCACAUACCAAAGUCCGAGACAGGCAAGAGCAUUCGUGCAGCUCUCAGGGAUGCGCACAUCCGAAGACAGCUUUCUAUGAGGCAGUGAAACAUAGAAGCUGGCCUCCGUUCGUCGCAUAUAUUCAUCUGAAAUACAGAUGCAUGGAAUGCCUCAAGAGAAAAGCCAUGUUUACGUGCUAAUCACAGCUUCUGACAGUAUAGCGAACGAACUGGAUCCGCAGUGCUGUGAGCGCGGUCCUUUACUUCAAUCAAUCGGUCAGAAUUUUUACCGCAUAGUUGUCCCCUCAUUGCUGCGACUUCUGUUUUAGAAAGUUUGAUGGAGACGCUGUGCACUGCUUUACGUAGCUGGCCGAACUCCCAAUUGAUAGCAGUACAUUCCGACGUAACAGAGUGAGCAGCAUCGCCCAGCUUUCAAGACACAAUGUUGCGACCGUACGCUUAUUUGCAACGACGAAAACGCGAUUGGAAACAAUAAAUAACCCAAACCAAAAUGGUAAAAC